AUGGAGCAAAAGGAUGCAGAGACAGCGGGUAUUGAUGCCUUAAAUCGACGCGCUUCUGAAGAUGACCGCGUUGAUAAUACACUGUUGGAAAUGUCUGAUGGAUUAUCUGUAAAACAAGACCCUCUCUUAAAAAGGAUUUUGGAUGAUACAAUAGACAAUCAUCCACAGAGUUUCAUGAUAGGUCCACCUGAAGUUCAUCAACUGGGGCAGAAUAUGAUAAGGCUGAUUAAGGCAAAACGAGCGCUUGAUAUUGGUACGUUCACUGGUGCAUCUGCUGUUGCCUGGUCGUUGGCACUGCCUUCUGACGGCCAAGUGAUUUCGAUUGAUGUAAGUCACGAAGCUCUGAAACAGUUUGGCGAACAAGCGAUAAAAGCUAGGGAAGACGUUGCCAGAAAAAUUACUUUCAAACUUGGUCCAGCACUCGAAACUUUAAAUGGUCUUCUGGCUAAUGGAGAAGCAGGAACAUGGGAUUUUGCAUUUAUUGAUGCCGACAAAGAAAAUUACCUAAACUAUUAUGAGAUAUGUGUUCAGCUUUUACGUCCUGGUGGAGUUAUACUAGUUGAUAAUGUUGGUUUCUUAAUAACGGUUUUGUAG